ACAUGAGGCCGUGGGGACACGGGGAUGUGCGGCCCCUGACACGAGGACAGGGGAACACGGGUGGCCGUGGGACCCCAGCCAGGGCAGGGGACAGACGUCGCGGGGGGGGGGGGGAACAGAGGGGCCAGCCCCACGGUGGGCCCCACUCCGCGCUCCGCCGUCGCCGUUUUAAGGCCCCGCCCACUCCCGCAACGGAAGCGGCUGUGACGCGCGGGUGGGCGGGAGCGGCCGGUCCCCGGGGGAGGCGGCGGCUCCGUGUGAGGCCCCGCCGCCGCCGCCGCCGCCAUGUCGGCCGCGCUGGACCUGAGAUCGAAAGAGGAGAAGGACGCGGAGCUGGACAAACGCAUCGAGGCGCUGCGCAAGAAGAACGAAGCUCUUAUCAAACGUUAUCAGGAGAUCGAGGAGGAUCGGAAGAAAGCGGAGCAGGAAGGGAUCGCCGUCACGGCUCUGCGCCGGGCACGGCCCCCCGACGCCGAGCCCGAGAGGAGAUGGGUGGACAAAGAUCUUUCCGUCACUGUCCAGGUCAUGCUCUCCCCCGGGGAGAAGCGAACGGCCAAGGACAAAAAACCAACAGGCACCCCAAAACCCGGGCGCGGCGCAGCUCCCCGCGGCUCCGGCCGUGCUGGCUCGCGUCUUUCCAGCCGGUCCCUGGGGGGGGGACACCCCCAAACCCCGUUUUGGGAAGGGACGGGGGGUGACGGGGUGGCCCCGGGGGGUCGGGGCCGGCGUCCACGGGGCCGGGGGGCGGCCGGUUCGGUGAUGGGGGGCGACGCUGCUCCUGACCGAAAAUCCAAGGAGUGGGAAGAGCGACGGCGGCAGAAUAUUGAAAAGAUGAACGAGGAGAUGGAGAAAAUUGCGGAGUACGAGAGGAACCAGCGGGAUGGGCUUCAUGAAAAAAACCCGGUGCGGAACUUUUUGGACGACCCACGGCGCAGCGGCCCCUUCCAGGACGCCGAUCGCAAGGAGGGAAGCCGCCGCCACGUCCGAAAUUGGGGGGGAGCUGAUUUCGACAAGGUCAAGGCCGGGAUGGAGCGUGAAAAAACCUGGCAGGGCCCCCUACGUACCCCGGGACGUCGUUCCAGCCCGAAAAGUGGGGGGCUGCUGGAUAUGACUCUGUCCAUGACGGGUCGGGAGCGAGCCGAAUACGUCCGCUGGAAGAAAGAACGGGAGCAGAUCGAUCAGGAACGUUUGGCACGGCACCGCAAACCCACCGGGCAGUGGCGGCGGGAGUGGGACGCCGAGAAAUCGGACAGCAUGUUUAAGGACGGCUCCGCGGCAGCGCCCGGCUCCGAAGAGGAAAACAAGCACCUUCCUCCCAAACCUCCCACUUUCGGGGAAUUCCUCGCCCCGCAUCGCGCCCAGCGGCGGCGGAAGAGCCGGGGCCGCGGCCAGGGCGCGGGGGCCAAACCCUACAGCAUGCACGAUAACCGGUGGGAAGAGAAGGAGCUGCCGGCGUCGACCGAGGAAGCCGCGAGGCGGGAGGCUGAGGAAGCACCAAGCGGGGCCCUCCCGGAGCCCCCCCGCUCCCUGAGCCCCGAGGAGGAUGAGGACCAGUGGGAGGACGUCAGCGAGGAGGAGGAGGAGGAGGAGGAGGAGGAGGAAGGCAGCGGCAGCCCCGGGUCGUUGAACGAGGCCGAAGGACCCCGCAGUGCGUCCCCCAAAAUUCAGCGACCCCCCCGAACUGGGCAGACCCCGGGUCUUAAACUAAACGGGUCCCCCCCCAGCACUGUGGGAGCUGCCCCAGGGUGGGGGGGUGACACCCCCCCGAGCCCCUUCUCCCCCGUGGGAGGUCACCAGCCCGUCUCGGACUGGGGCGAGGAGAUGGACUUGACCUCUCCCCGCAGCAGCCUGGGGGACAGUCCCCUUUCAGCUCCCACUGUCCCCAAGUCGAGAGGGGCUUCCGGAGAAACUCCAGGUUUGAACCCCGGGGAGCUCACCGGGCCCCCCCGGGGGGUGCAGAGCCCCGCAGCCCCCCCUCAAGGGGAAGAACCGAGGCCGAACACGGAGCAAGAACUUUUAGAGAAGCGCGAGGAGGCGGCGAGGAGCCGGGCGGAGGACGGGACGGAAGCGUCUCGCCGCCAGCCGGACGCGGAGGCAGCCCCCGGCACGGUGGAGAUCACAGACUUCGAGCGGACUGACUCUACCUGCAAAACAUCCCGGAGUUGCCGCGGUUUCUUCCCGGCACCUCCGGGUUCGGGAUCCGAUUUCUUCCAAAGCCCGGGAAGCGCGUCGGGUGGCGGAGGCUGGCGGGCGCUGCGCUUACCCGGGAGGCUGCCACGUCUGACGGCCAAGCGCCCCGAUGUCCGCGGACGGUGCCCCCGUCACCCGGGUCGCUCCCGCCGUGACCCCUCCAGCUUUCUAGAGACUCUGGCGAGGACCCAGGUUGGGAGCUGGUGGAGGAUGGACUUCUCGAUGCCCAAUUACACCUUUAAUUACUCCAACUUGGACGACUAUUCCAUCUACGAUCUCGACGGCUACGAAGUCCCGCACAGCUACCGCGCCGUCCUGGCGCUCUACGCCCUCAUCUUCCUCCUGGGCGUUCUGGGCAACGGAGCCGUCAUCUGGGUGACGGGCUUCGAGCUGCGGCGCACGGUGAACGGCGUCUGGUUCCUCAACCUCUCCGUGGCCGACCUCCUCUGCUGCCUGGCCCUGCCCUUCCUGGCCCUGCCGCUGGCCCGUGACCACCACUGGCCCUUGGGUCGCUUCGCCUGCAAGCUGCUGCCUUCCCUCACCAUCCUCAACAUGUUCGCCAGCGUGCUCCUCCUGAUGGCCAUCAGCGCCGACCGUUGCGCCUUGGUGACGCGGCCGGUGUGGUGCCAAAACCACCGGACGCUGGGGCUGGCCCGGGGGGCUUGCGCGGCCGCCUGGUUCCUGGCCGGGCUCCUCACCCUUCCCUCCUUCAUCUUCCGUACCACCCGUCUCGACUACUUCUCCGAGAAGACCACCUGCGUCCUGGACUACGCGGCCGUGGGGCACCACCAGCAUCUCACCGAGCUCGUCACGGCCGUCACCCGCUUCGUCUGCGGCUUCUUGGUGCCCUUCGUGGUGAUCACGGCUUGCUACAGCCUGCUGCUGGCCCGUGUCCACAGCAAGGGCUUCGCCCGCUCCCAGAAAGCCAUCAAGCUCAUCUUGGUGGUCAUCCUCAGCUUCUUCGUGUGCUGGCUGCCCUACCACGUCGUGGGCUUGAUCUUGGCCUCCACCCGUCCUCACAGCUCCUUGUUCAAGGGCGCCCUGGAAGCCGAUCCCAUCGUGGCCGGCGUCGCCUACAUCAACAGUUGCAUCAACCCCAUCAUCUACGUCGUCAUGGGUCAGGACUUCAAGGACAAGGUCCAGCGGUCCUGGAGAGCCGUGCUGCGGGGCGUGCUGAGCGACGACCCCACCAGCACCAUGGGGGACAGCAGGAUGAAGACCAAGUCCACCGUGGAUGACCAAAGCGUCAGCACCACAGUGUGACGGGGACCGAGGUGGCUCCGGGGCGGGAAGGGCUCCUGUGGUGCUUGAGGCCACCACCACCGCCUCUUCCCCUGGAGGUCCCAGGAGAAGAUGCCUCCGUUGCCCCCUUUCCCCACCGCUUGCACCCCGUGGUUGCGGGCCGGAGAAGUUGUGUGCCCACCUCCCCCUGGGGACCUCCUGGCUUCCUCGGUGGCCUAACGGGGACGAGAGGGCUUUGUCCUUGAACGCAACGCCACCUUCUUCUGCUUCUUCCAGCUCCUCCCCUCUCCCAGCCCCACAUCCCCACCACCCAGCGAGGUCCCGGGGGGGGUGACCCCCCACCUCCAAGCUCAACCUCGCUCCAUCACCCCAGAAAACUCAAGUCCACCCCGUUGCUGCUGCCCUUCAUCUCCCCGGCUUCACUGCAGCUGUGUCCACCAUCACCAAUAAAUAUCGAAGCUCCCUCAA